AUGGCGUCCAAGAGGAAGGCGGCUGCCAUGACAGCGACUGAGCCGGAAGAGCCAAUUGACCCAGCAGAUCAGCUAAAGUUUCUUUGCCUUGGUGGAGGCAAUGAAGUCGGACGAUCAUGUCACAUCAUCCAGUACAAGGGCAAGACAGUAAUGCUUGAUGCCGGACAACAUCCAGCAUACGAUGGUCUCGCGGCCCUACCCUUCUUUGAUGACUUCGACCUUAGUACCGUGGAUGUCCUUCUUAUCAGCCAUUUCCACGUCGAUCAUGCGGCAUCUCUUCCAUACGUCCUGGCCAAAACCAACUUUCGUGGUCGCGUCUUCAUGACGCAUGCCACGAAAGCCAUCUACAAAUGGCUGAUCCAGGAUAGCGUACGAGUUGGCAACACCUCGUCAAACCCGACCUCUCAACCUGUCUAUUCGGAGCAGGACCAUCUCAGUACUUUCCCUAUGAUCGAGGCCAUAGACUAUCACACUACGCACACUGUAUCGUCCAUCAGGAUCACACCUUUCCCGGCGGGCCACGUCCUGGGAGCGGCGAUGUUCCUUAUCGAGAUUGCGGGUCUCAACAUCUUCUUCACCGGAGACUAUUCCCGAGAGCAGGAUCGACAUUUGGUUUCCGCAGAGGUCCCCAGGGGAAUCAAGAUUGACGUUCUCAUCACCGAGUCGACCUAUGGUAUCUCAUCCCACACGCCAAGGGAAGAGCGCGAGCAGCAGCUGAUGAAGUCAAUCACAAACAUUCUCAACCGCGGAGGACGCGUUCUGAUGCCCGUCUUCGCUCUUGGUCGAGCCCAGGAGUUACUGCUCAUCCUCGACGAAUACUGGGGAAAGCAUCCCGACUACCAGAAGAUACCAAUCUACUACGCCAGUAACCUCGCCCGUCGUUGUAUGCAGGUCUACCAGACGUAUAUCGGAUCCAUGAACGAAAACAUCAAGCGUCUUUUCAGCGAGAGAAUGGCAGAAGCCGCCGAGUCCGGUGACACCGCCGGCAAGGGCGGACCCUGGGACUUUAAAUACAUUCGUUCGCUCAAAAACCUCGAUCGAUUCGAAGAUUUCGGCGGCUGCGUCAUGCUUGCCAGUCCCGGUAUGCUGCAGAACGGCGUAAGCCGCGAGCUACUAGAAAGGUGGGCUCCGAAUGAGAAGAACGGCGUCAUCAUUACCGGUUACAGCGUCGAGGGAACGAUGGCGAAACAAAUCAUGCAAGAGCCAGAUCAGAUUCCUGUUGUCAUGUCGAAAGGUGCUGCUACAGGAAGGAGAGGUCCAGAUGGUGACAAAGUCAUGAUUCCGAGGCGAUGCAGUGUUGAGGAAUAUUCAUUCUCAGCUCACGUUGAUGGAAAUGAGAACCGUGAGUUCAUAGAGGAGGUUGCUGCUCCUGUUGUUAUUCUUGUCCACGGAGAGCAGCACAACAUGAUGCGUCUCAAGUCAAAGCUUCUCUCCCUCAACGCACAAAAGAUCCACAAGGUCAAAGUAUACUCGCCCCGAAAUUGCGAGGAACUCCUUAUCCCAUUCAAGUCAGACAAGAUGGCCAAGGUGGUUGGCAAACUGGCAUCCAUCCAACCUCCAACCCACGUCAUUGGCCCCGACGACCCAGAAUCGCGUCUCGUAACUGGCGUACUCGUCCAGAACGACUUUAAGCUAUCUCUCAUGGCACCCGAAGACCUACGCGAAUACGCCGGUCUUAACACGACCACGGUGACUUGCAAGCAAAAGUUCGUACUGGGCUAUGCUGGCAUCGACUUGAUUCGAUGGGCUCUCGAGGGAACGUACGGUGCCAUCGAGGAACUCCCCGAGAUGCACACACGAAAGGCUACGGAUGGCGAUGGACAAGAUGAGAAUGGCGACGAUGAGCACGGUGGAGAGAACGGCGACAAGGAGAUGGUUGAGGCGGCGGACGAAGAGGUUCCUCACCUCGUGGCUGCGUACCUCAUCAUGGGAUGCGUCAUUGUGCGGUACAAGAGUAACCGCGAAGUCGAGAUGGAGUGGGAAGGGAAUCUGCACAACGACAGUAUCGCCGACUCCGUCAUGGCAGUUCUCAUGAUGGUCGAGACUAGCCCUGCCGCCGUGAAGCGCUCCGGAUCACAAUCCCCUCAUCACCAUCACACCCUCCCCGCCCGCAACCCCCACGCCUACGUCACCCCCGAAGAGCGCCUCAGCCGCCUCUUCCUCUUCCUCGAAGCCCAAUUCGGCGCCGACAAUGUCUCCCCCAUCGCCGACCCCAAACUCCCUCCCCUCACUGCCUCCCCCCCUUCAAAAGACAGUUCCGCUCCUGCCGACCAACAACAACAAGCCGCCGACGCCAUGUCCCUCGACGAAUCGCCCGAAUCCCUUGCGCAGCGCCGCGCCGCCGAGCUCGAGCGCCUCCACAAAAUUGGAAUCCCCGUUCCUGGCGUGUUUAUCCGCCUCGACAAGAUGUCGGCCAAGGUGUGGCUGGAGGAUCUCGAGGUAGAGUCCUCGAGUAGGGUGUUUGCGGAUCGGGUUAGGGCCGUUGUGGAGAGGGCUUGUGAAACGAUUGCGCCGCUUUGGGGAUGA